AUGUCUGAAGUUCAAAAACCUACCGUCGAGGAGCAAGUAGUUGCCCCAGCUCCAGAGACCACCAUCCCACCCACCACCACUGAAGCACCAGUUGUUGAACCUGUUGAAGAGCCAAAGGUCGAGGAACCAGUUGCUGCAACUGAGCCAGCUGUCGAAACCCCAGCUGUUGUUGUUGAGGAGCCAACUGCAGAGGCCACCACUGAGGCUGCACCAGUCGCUAAGGAGGUUACACCUGUUGAGGAGGGAGUUUUGGGUUACAAGGGUCCAGGUUUACUCAAGAGCUUCAUUUUCCAAAAGAAGCACUUCUGGUUCGGAUCUGAGCCAGUUGAGCACAAGAACCUUUCCAGCUAUCUUCGUGGUGAGAAGCCAGAUGUCGCCAACCACAAUGCCGCUUGGUCUUCUCACACUGGUAACGGUCUCUUGUUCUUCAGCAAGAAGGCCAGCGAUAAGGCCAGCCCAGCUGGUAUCUUGAACUUGUCCGAAGCUUCUGAUGUCUCCGAAGAUGGUACCGUCGAUUUCUUCUUCUCCAUUCACGGCCACAAGCACACCUUCCAAGCUGCCAACGUCGCCGAACGUGAUAACUGGGUUGCUACCUUGAAGACCAAGAUUGCCGAGGCUAAGGAAAUUUCCGAGUCUGUUAAGGAGAGCGAGACAUACAAGACCAGUAUCGCUGCAUUGGCCAAGCCAUUCUCUGGUGCUGCCACUCCAAAGAAGGAGGCAAAGGAAGAAAAGAAAGAGGAGAAGGCUGAAGCCAAGGCCGAGAAGAAGGAAGAAAAGGCCGAGGCAAAGGAGGAGCAAAAAGAGGAGAACGCUGAAGCUAAGGCUGAGGCAAAGGAGGAGAAGAAGGAGGAGAAGGCCGAACUUAAGGCUGAGAAGAAGGAUCGCAAGAGCCGCUCUGCUUCCCGCAAGGGUGAUAAGCGUACUUCCAUCUUUGGUGCCCUCCCAGGUUUUGGAAAGAAGGAAGAGAAGACCGAAGCACCAAAGGAUGAAGUUGUUGCUUCUCCAUCAACCGAGGAACCAGUUGUUGCUUCUGAUGCUUCCCCUGCUCCAGUCGUUGAUGCUCCAGUUGCUACUGAGGCUCUAGCCACCACUGAAGAGGCUGCCAUCGCUCCAGCUGUCGAAGAGCCAGUUGCCGCCGCUGCUCCAGUUGAGAAGCCAGUUGAGAAGCCAGUCCCAACUAAGCGUAACAGCAUCUUCGGCACCCUUCAAUCCAGAUUCUCCAACAAGAAGCCUGAGCCCGAAGCUGUUUCCCCAGUUGUUGCCGCAAAGGAUGAGGAGCCAGUUUCCGAAAACGCUCCAGUUAUCCCUGCUGUUGAUACUACUGAGCCAUUGGCCACCAACGCUGAUGCCUCCGCCCCAGCUGAGACCACUGAGGUACCAACCAUCAAUGGCGAGACCCCCAAGGCUGCAGAAACACCAAUGACCAAGGCCGAUAAGCGCAAGAGCUCCCUUCCAUGGUUGAGCAAGAAGGACAAGUCUGCCGCCACUAGUGAUGAGGAGACUGAGAAGCCAAAGUCACCUUUCGCCAAGCUCCGUGCUACCGUCAAGUCCAAGUCAUCCCCAAAGACUGACAAGACUGCUGAGAAGCCACUUGAGCCAACUGUCGAAGCUAAGGCUGAGGACAAGAUUGAUGAAGAGGCCGUUGCCACUGAGGCUGAAGCUGAGGCUGCCCCAGCUGCCACCGAGCCAGUUGUUUCUGAGCCGGUCGUUGCUGCUCCAACUAGCACCACUCCUCAAGUUUCUGCUACCGCAUGA